CCCCGGGGGCGACUGGGAGAGUCAUGGCGGCCCCCAAACAGCUGUGCCGCUUCUGGGAGUGGGGGAAGAACAUAGUGUGCGUGGGGAGGAACUACGCGGACCACGUCCAGGAGAUGCGCAGCGCCGUGCUGAGCGAGCCGGUGCUCUUCCUGAAGCCCUCCACCGCCUACGCCCCCGAGGGCUCGCCGGUCCUCAUGCCCGCCUACACCCGCAACCUGCACCACGAGCUGGAGCUGGGCGUGGUGAUGGGCAAGCGCUGCCGCGCCGUUCCGGAGGCUGCGGCCAUGGACUACGUGGCCGGCUAUGCCCUGUGCCUGGAUAUGACCGCCAGAGACGUGCAGGACGAAUGCAAAAAGAAGGGCCUGCCCUGGACUCUGGCCAAAAGCUUCACGACCUCCUGCCCCGUCAGCGCGUUCGUGCCCAAAGAAAAGAUCCCUGACCCUCACAACCUGAAGCUCUGGCUCAAGGUCAACGGCGAGCUCAGACAGGAGGGUGAGACAUCCGCCAUGAUUUUUUCCAUCCCCUACAUCAUCAGCUAUGUUUCUAAGAUAAUGACCUUGGAAGAAGGAGAUAUUAUCUUGACUGGGACGCCAAAGGGAGUUGGACCAGUUAAAGAAAACGAUGAGAUCCAGGCUGGCAUCCAUGGAGUGCUCAGUAUGAGAUUUAAAGUGGAAAGGCCAGAAUAUUGAGUCAUUUUAAACAAGUUUCAGGAGACAAGGAGGCAAGACAGAAGCAACCAAAGGCUAUUAAAUGUCGCAAUCUUUUGAUAAGAAACCAAUUAUUUAGCUGGGCUCGGUGGCUCAGCCUGUAAUCCCAGCACUUUGGGAGG